AUCAUUCACUCCUGCACAGCUUGGCAGCAAGAAGAGCACGUUUUCUACCAGCGCGGCCCCUUUCACUCCUCGAGGAGGCUCAACGACAACUAGUAUGGCUCUCUUGCAAGCAAUCCCGCAACCCAAACCAGGCUUACACUUAAUAGCUACAUCACCCUCUCUUCAACAUGAGACUGGCACGACAUUGUUUAAGCCAACCCAAUUCACAGAUUUUACUCAAAAUCAUUAUGAUAUCAACUCCGUAGACGCUGUGAACGGGACAUCAGAGACUCCCAUCGGAUUCGAUCCUUUCAUGACGAAUGUCUCCCAAGGGCUCCAAUCCUCCCAAUACAACCCAUAUGCUGAAGAGCAUAAUCCUUUAGCCGGAGCUAGCGCGUCCUAUUAUGGGGCUCAGAAUACAUUCUCAACCCCGUCUCAGCCCCUACAAUAUCAUCUUUACUAUCCACUAGCGCCCAUUCGAGACACCUUACAGCCUUAUCAACGAGCGGUAUUUGAUUUGUUUCUACCGGAAUCCCUCAGGGAAGAUUUGCAGAAAAGGUCCGAGGCGGCCAGGCAGGUUCUUGCCAGUCAACCGGGCGUACAAUCCCCAUCACUCCAGCAAUAUCAUUCCCUUGUACCACUAGAUACCAAGCUUAAGAAUGCACCCGGUAUUUUUGGGCUUCCGACAUGGGUAUGGAAAGCAAACUCUCGCAAGAACGGCAAUGUUUAUUGUUUGAGGAGGGUGGAAGGCUUCCGGUUGACAAAUGAGGAUGCCAUCAAGGCUGUGAAUUCCUGGAAAAAAAUAACACACCCAAACAUAGUCACAACAGUCGAAGCCUUCACAACCAGGGACUUUAAUGAUAGUUCUCUGAUAUUUGUGCACAACUACCAUCCACUCUCCAAAACUCUAGCGGAGCAUCACUUCCCAACUACUACUAAUAGGUUUAGCCGUACAGCGCCAGUUCCAGAAAAAGUUUUAUGGAGUUAUCUUGUACAGCUGUCAAGCGCACUCAAGGUGAUACAUAAGGCAAAGCUAGCGGCACGUUGUAUUGAUAUCAGCAAAGUGAUCUUGACAGAUAAGAAUCGCAUCAGGCUGAGCGCAUGCUCCAUCUAUGAUGUGAUACAAUUUGAAGGGCAUCGCCGUACGGAAGACCUUCAACAAGAGGACUUUCUACAUCUCGGAAAACUUAUGCUUAGCAUUGGCACCAAUACCCCGCUGAGGAGCACGCAUGACCUACGUGCGGUUCUCGAUCAAUUCAGUCGAAGCUAUUCGUCAGAUUUACGAGAAAGGGUGGAUUGGCUGCUAAGCGCACCUCAAACACAGCUUAAAACAGCUGAACAGCUAAUCUGUGAUUUAGCCACUCAUAUAGACGACGUGUGUGUUGCAUCGUUCAACGCUUAUGAUGAGGCAACAAUUCAUCUAGGCCGUGAGCUUGAGAAUGGACGACUGGUACGACUACUGGCUAAAUUGGGCACAAUCAAUGAGCGUCCCGAAUUCGACGGUGACCCCAAUUGGUCUGAAACAGAUCACCGGUAUACGUUGAAGCUGUUUAGAGAUUAUGUUUUCCAUCAGGUUGACAGUCACGGCAAUCCAGUCCUUGACCUAGGACACAUUAUAAGCUGUUUGAAUAAGCUUGAUGCUGGCACUGAGGAGAAGAUCUAUCUCACAAGCCGCGAUCAUCAGUCUACAUUCCUUGUGACGUACCGGGAAUUGAAGAAACAAGUUCAGGCGGCAUUUGGUGAUCUGCAAAAAGGAAACACGAAGCAGCAGCAGCAGAACAGUAGGGGCUUCUAGGUCACGCAACAGUCAUCUGUUUGAUCCGAGCUGUAUGGCAUUCGGAUAAUCUGGAUGUUGUACGCAGGUUAGGAUCACGACAACACCCAACAAUCUCAGCGGCUCUGUUUGCGUACUCGAGAGAACAGUGCAAUCCUGUGCGAAGUCAAGAGCCUUGUCCAAAAACUGUCAAGUAGAAUAGUGUUGGCCUUCACAAAACCGGCAUUGCACCCCGGGACAUAGCAACAAAGCUUGUAUAGCGUGGAAAGAGUCAGAGGUCCUAUAUAUGUCCAUCAUGUCUAUUGGAUCCAACAUUGGAUCCUAUCUAAAGCGAACACCUUGCCUUGUAGCGGGGUGGAUAUUAUGUUUAACAGAUAAUUAUCAAAAAAGCCAAAAGCCAAAAAUUAAAUAUGAAUCAAGAUAUAUUCCAUUUAUCUAGCUGGCACUUCACAACACGGUUGCGUCUGAGAAAUGUAGGCCAGGUCGAUGAGCGUUUCAUCGUACUAAUCUGCGACUCCUCGUCGCCCAGUCCAUGUAUUCUCAUACUCGUUCGUAGAUUGUGAAGAUGCACGAUGUGUUGUGCAUAUCUAGGUACUUAGGAUAAGGUCCGUUGAUCUACUAUGUACGCUGGCAAUAAGUACCGUCAAAAUUCCGCGAGGGCGCCGAUCCUGUUCUGGGAGUGAA